GCGACGUGGAGAGGAGGAGAGGGGAGAGGAGGAGGUGGAGGCAGAUCGAGGAGAAGCAUGAAGAAUAUCCCCGGUACCUAAGCUGUCAGACGGGGAGAGCAUCUCGUCUUCCCUCGCUCUUAAGGGGCCGACUGGAAGCGGAGGGAGGCAGCGGGGCCGAGGACAGGAUGGAGGAGAAGAAGCAGUUUCUUUGCGGGGUGGUGGAAGGUUUCUAUGGGAGGCCGUGGUCUAUGGAUCAGAGGAAAGUCCUCUUCCAGUGGAUGCAGCAUUGGGGGUUGAACACGUACCUGUACGGCCCAAAGGACGACCUAAAACACAGACUGUUGUGGAGAGAAGUCUAUUCUCCUGAAGAGGAAGGUCAGUUACGCACUCUCAUAGCGGAGGCCCAGUCGAGAGGCCUGAAGUUUGUCUACGCCCUCUCUCCUGGUCAGGACAUUGUCUUCUCUUCUUCCUGUGACCUCACACUACUCAAACGCAAGCUGAGACAGGUAUCAGACCUGGGUUGCCAGGCAUUUGCCAUUCUGUUUGACGACAUCGAUCACUCCAUGUGUCAGGCCGACAGCGAGGCCUUCUCUUCAUUCGCCCAUGCUCAGGUCACUGUAACCAAUGAGAUCUAUCGGUUCUUGGGGGAACCUCCUGUCUUCCUAUUCUGCCCUACAGAGUAUUGUGGUUCUCUGUGUUCUCCCAGUAUAUCAAAGUCUCCCUACCUGCAGACUAUUGGAGAGGACCUGCUGCCUGACAUAACAGUGGUAUGGACAGGCAGUAAGGUCAUCUCCAGGAAACUGUCUGUAGACUGCCUGGCUGAGGUGGAGUCUGUCCUCCAGCGCCCCCCGCUCAUCUGGGACAAUCUGCACGCUAAUGACUAUGACUCCAGACGUCUCUUUCUGGGGCCAUUUAAGGGCCGAGAGCCUCAGCUGAGGAGCAACCUCAGAGGCCUGUUACUCAACCCGAACUGCGAGUUUGAAGCCAACUACAUCCCUCUCCAUACGCUGGGAAGCUGGUACAGAGCUGGAAAGGAGGAGAGGAAAGAUGAGGAGUGUGAAUACUGUCCCGAUAGAGCUCUGUCUGCUGCACUACACGACUGGAUGGAAGAACUCAACCAACCACUACAAGCAGGUCGGCAGAGCUCACGAGCAGACCAGCGUUCCUCUGCUCCAGCAUCUCGCUGCAAGACUCCUGACAGAGCUGACUGCCCCUCCAGCUUGAGAGGAACCUCUGCCGUGGCCAAACUUCCUGUUUUCCCCCUCAACUCCAGCUCACCCCCAUCAUCACCCACUAAGGUCAAGGGGGAGAGGGAGGGACGAGAGGGGGAGAAGAAGAGGCCAAACCAGUCCGUUCAACCCAAUCAGCCUCCAGGAUCCAAGCCUUUGGCACAUUCAGGUGGGGGUAAGGGACAGAAGGCCCAGGGUCGGGGACUGUGUGGUGGGAAGGGUCUCCUCAGUGAGUCGCAGGUGCGGCUGCUGGUUGGUCUUCAUUAUCUACCCCACGAGCAUGGCCUGUCAGCCCAGAAACUGCUGCAGGACCUGACCUGGCUGAAAACAAACUGCCACCUGGUCAGCACUAACAGCAAGAAGGCACCGCCUCAGAAGAUUGAUGAGUGGCGUGGCCGGGCCUCCAGGUUCAUGUCCCUGUGUGAAGACAUAGCACAGCUCCACUGCAGUGUGGUGGGCGGAGCCAACAGAGCCGUGCUCUAUGACCUUUACCCUUAUGUGUGGGACCUGAGGAACAUGGCGCUGGUGGCAAAAGCCUUCAUAUGCUGGCUGGAUGGACGAGUGUUGAGUGACAGCUCCACCCUGGGCACCUGGAAGAACUGCUUCCACUGGUGUGGAAAGUCCACAGGGGCGGACCUACUGGGAAUGGAGUCAGAGCCAUGGGUGUUCAAAGGGGGCGUGUCUGGGGAGGUGCAGAUGCUUCUCCCAAUAGGCAGCAGCAAUGAUCUCUUCACUCAUCCUCCUCCUCUCUUCCCUACCUCUCGUCUCUAUAACAUCAGGCCCUACCACGGCAAGGACAAGGUGGAGUUGUAUCGAAUGGUUCGCCAACUCCACUUGAGGACUCAGGGUGGCCAAGAGUCCAGUACUGCUCACCCAGAUGUCAUAGGAGACAGAUGUCUCGGACCGUGCCUGGCAUUGUGCCCAGAGUACAGCUUCAUCCUAGAGGAUGAGCUGGGUGUGUGUGGCUGUGUCUUGGGCAUCUUGGAUGUUCGCUCCUUUGCCAAGCGGUGCCAGGUCAGCUGGAUGCCCGCCAUGAGGGACAAGUACCCAUCCAAAGGGGGCAACACACAUUCCAACACACAGGACUUGAUCCAGCUGAUGGAGGAAGACCAGGGAGAGUACCCAGACUCUCUCCUCUACCACUUCCCCUCUCAGCUGCGACUGGACGCCCUGCCUGAGCUGGUGGACAUCAGCGUCAGCCGUACCCUGCUCACCGCCCUUCUCACUGCACUCAAGGCCAACGGAUCUCAGGGUGUGUUCUGUGAGGUGCAGCCGACAGACCGCCAGAGGCUGGAGUUCUUGACAAAACUGGGCUUCCUUGAGAUCCUCAGGGGAGAAGCAAGGAGCAGAGAGGGAGUGGUUCUGGGGAGGCUGCUCUGAACAUACACACACACACACACACACACACACACACACACACACACACACACACACACACACACACACACACACACACACACACACACACACACACACACACACACAUAAAUACACUUUGCACCCAUACAGUAGACACAGAGGCACUUACACACACACACACACACACACAGAAAGAUGUUAGAACAGCAUGCUAAGCUUUGUAAAGAAGAAGGAUCUGUAAUCUCUCCGUCAAGAGAGAAAACCCUUUUUUUAAGGGACAAUCCUGGAUUCCUUUGAGUCUGUGUGGCAGUAAUGGGGAUGAACCCAGAGAUUUCUGAGGGAUUUACAAAAUAAAAAAUAAGCUUUGAGAGUUUAAACCUUCAGCAGAGCUGUGCUAAUCUUUCUUGGAUUCCACCCCUGGCUACAGAUGACAAGAUUUAGUCUAGGUAAGAGGAAAUAAACAACAGAAUAGUUUGAGAUGGGAGCAGAGCAGUAGAUCACAGCAGCUACAACAUCUCCUCUGUGUCAUUAUCCACACAUGUAUUUUUUUUAAAGCAGCUAUAAUAUCAAUAUAUUACCAAAAACAGAGCUAUAAGGAGAGUGAAUAUUGGACUUAUAUUUGCCAGGUGUCCAGAAACAUGACUUGAAAUGAAUGAUAAUGUUGCUUUGUACCAGCUGGAUGUGUAAGCAGGCAACUGUUUGCUACCAUGUUCUCCAUAUCAUCUAUAAAAGGUGAUAAUAUGCUAGUGAUGUGUUUACAGUUUGUGCCCCAAGCGGCCAAGUGUACAGCACGAUAUAUAACGUGGUACUCUUUAGAGCUUUAGAGGUGCUGGUAGGAGGAAUUUGUUUCCUUUGGACAGAGCCAGACUAGCGUUCCCUCUCCUUAUAGCAUCAUACUUGCCAUACAGACAGAGUGGUAUUGAUCUUCUUGUCUAACUCUCAGCAAAUAAUGGCGUUUCCUUCCCUUAAUGUCAGACUAUUCCUUUAGGCUGACAUAAAAUGAUCCCCUCCUGUACACAACCAGGGUUCAAGCUGCUACAGCUGAUCUUGUACUCUGCUCCCUCUGCUUCGUUCAUAAACGACAUUUCUUCUUAAAAGUCAGGAUGUUGUUUUCUAGCUGCUGUCCUGUCGGUUGACUAGAGGCUGCCAACACCAGACUGGACCCAGGCACAGCGUCACUGUUUACACUCGCUUAGAUUAGAUGAAUGUUUACAUGCAUGAAGAACAAAACAUUGUGUGACUGUUCGCAAAGUAGGAUUACGUAUAUACUGACAUAAACACAAACAUAGGCUUAUCAUUUCAAUGGAAUGCUCUAACAUGGCGACGUUAAUGAAGAUUUCUUUAUUGAACUUUUCCUCAGCCGUUAUAGCUAUAAAGUCUUAGGAGAAAACAUAGCAAAAUGCAAGUGCAUGCACGCUAAAAUUCAUUAGAAAAACUAUUUAUUUAUUGACAGACAUUACACACACACACACACACACACACAUCUGAAGUUUACACUGGGUUCAAUUGGAUAUAAUAGAUACCUCUCCCUAAUUUUUUUGUCAGACACUGUAAACAUCACCAGUGAGUAUGUAUGGUGUAUGUGGCGGUACUUUGUACGUUUUAUGUGUGUGUGUUUGCAAACAUGGCAAUUCAGACAGGUGUGUCAUUCUGCUUUUAUUCUGAACCACAAUGAACACAGGCAUACACAGAAAUAUACACGCACACACACACAGUCAUGCUAACAGAAGCACAACAGCAGUCCUUAUGACAUCUUCAACUGAAAGUACGUAGAACUACGAAUGUUCAUUAUUUUGUAACGCAGCUUAAAGACACACGUACUGUUUGUGCAAGUAUUUAUAUUUCUUUUUUGUUAUUUUCUUUUUAUUAUGCUUGAUCAAUCACAGACUGAGAGGCACUUUUGUGUGUUUCUAAUUGUUACCAACCUCAUCACCAUUGUCUGUGAGGUAGUUCAUGAUAAAAACUAUUUAGUCCCAGAACUGAAAAUGAUGUAGACAAAAAAAAUCCUACAAGCACCGAGGUAGAAAUGCAUGAUGCAAAGAAAAAUGUUUAGAAAAGACGUUAUUGUGUCCGAAAGCGUACGUACGAAAAAAGAAAAUAAUCUUUUUAAGAUUUAAUAUGCUUUGAUAUUUUCUGACAUUAGACUGGGCUGUGUGGUUUGUGUGUGAAUGUGGACUUGUGUGUAUGUUUGGGAAUAUAGAUGUUGAUUGGAAAUGUACAUUAAAAUAAUCUACACAGGCAACUUGAAGCACUGUGGAAAAAGUGUAAUAAUCAGUUCCUCCAGGAAGUUGCGAUCGCAACAUUUACUGCAAACUCAACCAAUCCUUCUGAAUUCUGCCCGACCUUGCAUUUCUGUCCAGUAACAGCAAUGUCACCAAUCGCUGUAGUUUCCUGCGGGUUCCACCAAUCAUCACCAAACUACAAGCAAUUAUAUUCCCACUGGAACAAGUUGCCAUUGUUUUUUAAUGAACUAUACAAAAUUAAAUUACAACUAUUUUUUCCAAUUUUCAUUUACCCCCACAAAAAAACCCAAAAAACAUCGCAAUUGUUUUUCAAAAUCUGCUGUGAAAUCAAGCCUUUUAUGCCACAAUCCCUACAAAGAAGGCUACAUAAUCCUGGAAGGACUGAAUAAUGAACCACAGCUGAACUCCUUCACUUUUUCAUUGGAGAGAAUUUAAUAAUAAUAAUAAUAAUAAUAAUAAUAAUAAUAAUAAUAAUAAUAAUGAUAACAGUUGGCUGGCCUAAGCAGCUGAUUCCAGAAACACAUUGUCUGUCUGUACUCAUUGUCCCACUGUCUGCCUGCACUAAGUCUGUUUUUACAAUCAGUUCCAGUGGAGUGCUAUGUAGUAUGUCUAUGCAGGGUAAUGAAGGGGUUGAAAAUAAUUACUGUUCAAUUCAGUCUGUGUUUUUAUUGACAAUAGCAGUUAAACUGUCAUUUUAACAAUGAAUGAUUUUAUUGAACUGACUUGUUGAUUUCAUGGCAAAUAAAAUACGUUUUCUUUUUUCCUUUAAA